AUGGUUGACUUACAAAGUCAAUAUCAAAAAAUAAAAGAAGAUGUAGAUACUGCGAUUUUGAAUGUAUUAGGAUCUGCGGCAUUUAUUAAUGGACCAGAAGUAAAACAAUUCGAAACAGAAUUACAGGAUUAUUUAGAUGUAAAAUAUGUAAUACCUUGUGCUAAUGGGACAGAUGCUUUACAAAUAGCUUUAAUGUCUUUAGGGUUAGAGCCAGGAGAUGAGGUUAUUACAGCAGAUUUUACAUUUGCAGCAACAGUAGAAGUUGUUGAUUUAUUGAAGUUAACUUCUGUAUUAGUAGAUGUUGAUUAUACUACUUUUACAAUUGACAUUGAAAAAUUAAAAUCUGGGAUUACCCUAAACAAGAGCUUUAUUCUGUUCUUUAUUGAUACUGCACAAGCUAUUGGUGCUGAUUAUAAAGGUAAAAAAGCAGGUACAAUAGGACAUAUUGGUUGUACAUCUUUCUUCCCUUCUAAAAACCUUGGUUGUUAUGGAGAUGGAGGAGCAAUUUUUACAAAUGAUGAUGAAUUAGCUCACAAACUAAGAGGAAUUGUGAAUCAUGGAAUGUAUAAAAGAUAUUACCAUGAUGAGGUUGGUGUAAAUUCUCGUUUAGAUUCUGUACAAGCUGCAGUUUUACGUAAAAAAUUACCUUUAUUAGACAGUUAUAAUGAAGCUCGUAAUAAAGCCGCGGCUUAUUAUUCAGAAGCUUUUAAAGAUAUUGAAGAAUUACUAACACCAGAACUUUUUACAGAAAAAGAAAUUCCUGCGAUGAUUUAUUAUCCAGUUCCUUUACGUAAGCAAAAGGCAUAUAAUAAUGGACAUUAUAACGAUGCAGAUUUCCCAAAUACAAAUAAAUUAGUAGAAGAAGUAAUUUCUUUACCAAUGCAUACAGAAUUAGAUGAUGAACAAUUAAUGUUUAUUACGUCUGCUGUAAAAGAGUUUUUUGGAAAAUAA